AUGAACAUAGAUAUUGUUGAGAAGACCGGCCAUAUCCGGGUAGGAUCCACCAACAAGAUUUCAGCCAUUAAGUAUGGUGAGGGUAACUUGUAUAUUGGGUUUAACAAUGGAGACUUGAGCAUCUACAAUGUCACCUCGGCCAAAGGAAAGGAAGCAUCUUCUGUACAACCAACUUCCAAAUUGGGUAGAAGAAGAAGCAUUAGUAUAGGAAGUGAAUCCAUUGAUGAAGAUACACUUACAUUCGAUAUAACUUUCAAAAACAUAUCCAAAGAGGGUACACCGAUUACUAGAAUUGAUUCUAUUGAGCUUACCAAUGAUACUAGCAAGUCUUAUUUGAUAAUUGCAUGCGUUGGAGCAUUUAGGGUCUAUGAAAGAAUUGGAGGUCAUUUGAAUUUAAUUCUGGAGUUAGAUGAAGUACGAAACUACGUUGAUUAUGUUUUUAUAAGUACCGAGAGACUUUUGAUAGUUGGUUUAAAGGCAAAGAUUGUGGUUUACAAAAUAGUUAACAAAACUAGAAAUAUCUUUCAAAUAUUGAAACAAGGUGAAAUUGUUUUGAAGGAUAGGUUUCAAGCUAUUUCAUCUGUAAGAUUUGGUUCAAAACUUUUCAUUGGGUUAUUGAAUGAUUUUCUAUUGUUUGACAUAUUCACACAUGAAUUGAUACCUGUGGUACAAUCUGAAGAGAAGGCUCUUUCUUUGCUUGCACAUUCAACGUCCUUUAACUAUUUUGGGAUCAGUUCCUCAACACCUUCCACCAAGAUUGUAAGUCUAGGUAAAGAUUCAACCCAGGUACUAAUCUUGAAGGAUUCCAGAUGUAUCUCAUACGAUAUGAAAUCACAAGUUUUAGAAGUAUCCCCAAUAAGAUUUACUCAAGUUCCUCUUUAUGCUUGUUAUAUUUAUCCUUCGUAUUUAUUGGUUGUUUUCCAAAAGAAGAUUGAAAUAAUUGACUACACAAGUGGAAGUCCCGUUCAACGACUAGAAACUACAGGGACUAAUCUUAUUACUGAAAAUCAGGAGCAUCGAUGUAUUUAUCGAGUUCAUGGAAAUGAUGUUUACUUGUAUAAGCAACACCCUAUUCAACGGCAAAUCGAUCAAUACUUAAGUAUCAGUGGAAGAGAUACAACAAGAACCAAAAAUAUUAAAGAUCCUAUGAGUGAUUUAAGAGUCUUAGGUUUAGAAAGAGCUAUAACUUUAGUGUCUAAGUUAUCAGAGGAUGAUCAUUAUUUUGAUAGUAAUAAUCAACAAGAAGAAGAAAUAGAAAAGAAUCCCAAAAAGGCAAAGCAAUUAAUUUUAAGAGAUUUAUAUAAGGCAAAGGCAAUGUUAUUGUUCGGAUCUUAUGGGAAAUUCCAUGAAUCUUUGGUUAGCAUUAGUAUUGAAUGGUUAAUUUCUUAUCAUGAUAUUCUCUGUUUAUUUCCUAAUUUUAUUAAUGGAGAAGCUCAAAUUAAAGGUGAAAAGCAAUCUGCUCCUCCAAUGAAUCAUGUGUCAUCGUAUUCUUCAAUUAAGAAACUCAAAGCGGAAGAUCUUAAAGCAGGAAGAAAUAAUAAUAAUAAGAUGGUUAUCGAAACUAUACCUGAAAAUGAUACCCAAACCAUAAGAUCUUCUAGAUCUGUAAAAUCUAAUUUUGGAAUCGAUUCAACAAGUAUGACUAAAUUUACAAAGGCAGUUAACAAUUUAAUUGUUUAUCUUACAGAGCAAAGAAGAGUGUUAACUAAUUUUUUGAAUGAUAAAGAAAACCCUCACUUCCCUUGGAAGGGUGUAGAAAUUACACCAAAAGAUAUCUAUCCGGAUGAAGGUCAAAAAAAUGAAGAUAUGUUGGAUAAUGUUUCUCAAAUCAUUGAUACUUCAUUAUUUUUAUGCUAUUUCCAUACUCGACCAAUGUUAUUAGGUCCAUUGUUAAGAUUACCAAAUAAUAAGUGUAAUGCUAAGGUUGUCAAUCAAAAUCUUUUAAGCAAUCUCCAUGAUCAUGAUGGUACAGUAUCGAUUUUCAUUAAAGAAUUAUUGGAUUUUUAUUAUGGAAGAGGACUACAUAAAGAUGCGUUGGAAAUGCUAUUCAAAUUGAGUCAUGAUGAAGAUAUUCAUAAUGAUUUUGAAGAGUAUUUGCAAGGGCCAGAUUUAACAAUUCAAUAUUUACAGAAAUUAUCCAAUGAUGAUUUAGAAUUGAUUUUCCAAUUUUCUUUUUGGAUAUUAACAGAAUUCAAAGAUGACCAAUUGAAAUAUGGACAAUUCAUAUAUAUGAAUGAUUCAUUUGAAUGUGAAGGAUAUGAUCAAUAUCGUGUUGUUGAUUUUUUUGUUGAAGUGAUUAAAAGCGAACCUUUAGCCAUCCGAUAUUUGGAAUGGUUAUUAUUUGAAAGUGAUAUAACUUUGGAUAGGAAAGAUUCUACCAAAUUCCAUACCAAGUUAUGUCUCUUCUACCUCAAACAAAUAGGAAAUGGACCAGAUAGCGAUUACUAUUAUGAUAAGGUGUAUAGGUUUUUGGAAACCACCGAUUCCUAUGAACCAUGGACAAUUCUUCGUCAUAUUUCUUCUGACGAUGAUAGACUUUUGCGGUUGACAGUGUUCGUUCAUAAAAAAUUAGGUGAACAUGAAAAGUCCAUUGAUGUUCUUUAUAAUCAAUUGGAUGAUUUAGAUGCUGCCAUUGAUUAUUGUGUUGAAAUGUAUAUCAAUCAUCAUAAUGAAGAUUUAGGAAGAUCACUAUUACAUAAGCUUUUGGAGGAUUUAUUAGAACAACCAUUUCAAAAUGCCCAUCAUGUUCAAAAACUUUUAGAAUCACAAGGUCCCAAAAUGUCAUUAACUAAAGUAUUAGCCAGUUUACCUGAAGCAUUCCCAAUGAAAAGGCUAUCUGCUUAUUUGAGUCAAGGAUUACGGGAAAAUUUCUCCAAACUUCAAGAUUCAAGAAUGGAAUGUCAAUUAUACAAAGUUGGUGUGGUUAAGUUACAAGAUGAGCUACUUAGUGCUCGAGAUCAAGGUUAUUACUUGGAAAGUAGUAUGCAACUAUGUCCAAUAUGCCACAAACGGUUAGGCUAUAGUGUUUUCGCUAUUGAUAAGAACAAUAACGUGGUACACUAUAGUUAUUCCACGAUGACUGGUCCAAUUAAUGAGCCCAAUCCUGUUGUCGAGGGAGUUAGACUACCUACAUUAGUGCAAUCGUCUGACGGAACAUCGACAAAUGGAACAGAUUCAUCUGGUGCACCUACAAGAGGCAUUGGAUUUGGAAUCUCUCACUUCUUGAAUGAAGAUAGAAAUAAGGGAGACUUACAAAUGGAAAAUCCUAAACUUGAUGGUGAAAUCACUAAAGAUCCCACUUUAUUAGGCCAAUCCCAAUCAUCGCCACAACUUAUACUUCCAACUCAACAUUUGAAUGAACACCAACCACUACCAAUUAGUGAACAGAAGUCAAUUGGUGUGGUAAGUCCAACUCACCAGGUUGCUUCACAUCAUGUUCCAUCACCAACGACUCAAGGGAACAGUAACAUGCUUUCUCAUCAAAAUCAAUUUCCUCAACAUCAACUUGCUCAAAUGGCAGAGCAUGCUAAAGAAUUGGUUGAAAUUGAGAACAAUUCAAUUACUCAUAAACAUAACGAUCUCAAUGAUAAUAUAAAUAUAGACAAGAAAGAAAUUAUAAAUGUGAUAGAAGAAUUUUUUCCUCAUCGACGUAAUAUUGGAUCUGUUGUUUACAACCCAACCACUACUUGGUUGACUCUUCAAACUGAAGCCCUUGUGGGUUUGAAACCAGAACAUCAAGAGAGAUUUCUUGAUAUAAAAAUUAACUUCAGUGACCAAGUACGUCAUGAUAAACGCCCUAUAAAGUAUAUCCCUGUGAUUCCUCCUUUACCUUUUGAAUAUAUCAAUACUACAAUUGAAAUGAAAAUCCCUUAUAGGUAUAUCAAGAUAUUCAAAGAACUUAUGGAUCAUAAUCAUGAUGAUUUUAAAAGAGAAUUAUGGGGUGGAGCUAGUGGAGUUUAUACUGAUGAUUCAGAUAUACUUAGUAUCCUUGUUCAUAAGGGUUUAUUUACCAAUUCAAUUGAUUUAUCUGAUUGGAAUAGCAACUGGAAUGUUCAUACGGAUUUCGUAAGACCACAACUAAUCAACCCAAGUUCAAAAGAUAAUGAUGAAAACGAUGAAAACGAUGGAAUUUACGGAGAUUUAUCUGUAGAAGUGCUAUUACUUCCUACACUACCUCAAUAUCAUGGAUUCUUUGCGAAUGGUAUCAAUUCAAGAUCCUGGGUUGGCCAUUCCCGACAUGAUGGGCUUUCUAUCGCAAUCUGUAAUAUAAAAUGGGAAAGUUUUGGAAGUUAUAUGCGUGAUAAAAGUCUUUUCAAGAUCUCAGAACUGGAACUUCACAAUGAUUUGGAGAUUUUACGUGAACAAUAUCAACACAAUUCAUGGAAAUUUGAUACCCAACGGUUUAGUGAAAUAAAAAAGAAGUAUGGAUCAACCAGUUGA